ACAUCGGGUCCGCCUCCAUUGUAAACUGACGUAUUUACAUUGUUUUCCACCCCCUGCUUCGCCUGGAACGCAUUAAUUUACUUCGACCAAGGGAAGAACUGAGUGAAGAUUUACAUAUUUCAAGUACUGGAGUUGAUUCGAGUUAAUAACGCGUUUCUUGACCUAAGCAAUAAUGGCCCAGUCAAGUCAAGAUGGAGAAAUUGUUGCUGAUGAUGGAUGGUCAUCCAUGAAUAAUCGUGUGAAUUCCUUCCAGCGCUUCCCCCAUUCUGAUGAAUUUUCAGCCGAGCGGCUGGCCAGGGCAGGCUUUUAUUUUACAGGUCAGGCGGACAGGGUGUGCUGUUUCAGCUGCCAUGCGACAGUGGAGGACUGGAACCAAGGGGACACCCCACUGAACAGACAUCAGCAAGCAUCUCCCAACUGCAGGUUCCUCAGCUGUGCUCAUGGCUUGAGAGUCUCCAACUUCAUUCAAAGCCCUGAUUACGAUGAAGAGGCCGAAGCCAGGGAGUUCCAGCUCCGCACGGGAGAGGUGCUGGAUCAGACCAUUUAUCCCAGUAAGCCAUACAUGAAGAGUGAGGAAGCUCGGCUGAAUACUUUCGGUAACUGGCCUGCAAGCGCUCCAGUCCAGCCUGAAGACCUGGCAGCAGCAGGAAUGUAUUACUUGGGCACAGAAGACAUUGUGGAGUGCUUCUGUUGUGGGCAGAAGCUGGCAGGAUGGGAGCCAGGUGACGAUGCCUGGGGUGAACAUGCAAAGCACUACCCAAACUGCUUCUUUAUCUUGGGCCACGAUGUGGGCAAUGUUCCGCUGCAAACACCUAGACCCAGGGUGAAUGGGCAAAGAGCCUCUAUGGAGACUUUUGAGGGGCGUCUUGAAAGCUUCAGAGACAGACAACAUCCCAUAGACCCUGAGAGACUGGCAAGAGCCGGUUUCUACAGCACGGGAGAACAGGACCAGGUGCUCUGCUUUCGAUGUGGAGGAGGACUGAAGACCUGGAGGCCUGAAGAAGACCCUUGGGAGGAGCAUGCCAGGCACUAUCCAGGCUGCAGUUUCCUUCAGGAAGAAAAAGGAGAAGAAUUUGUCAACAGUGUGCAGCUGAGAUAUCCAAAAGGAGACCAUUCAAGAUCAAGUCAGAAUGGCUUUACAAGUGAUGAGCAUAUUGCUCAGAAAGUCCUGCAGUCAGAGAUUGCACAUAAAGCUGUAGAAAUGGGUUUUGACCGAACCAUAGUGGAUCGCACCAUUCUGCAGAAAUUACGUCAGAACGCCAAUGGUUAUACUUCAGUAGAAGCACUUAUUGAAGACAUCAGUGCACAGGAAAGUGUCUGUACCAUGCCUGAGAAAUCUGAGGACCCCAUGACGAAACUUGAGAAACUCCAGAGGGAGAAGCUGUGUAAAGUCUGCAUGGACAGUGACAUUGACAUUGUCUUCAUUCCCUGUGGACACCUGGUCACCUGUCAGAAGUGUUCAGAAUCCCUGAACAAGUGUCCCAUCUGUUGUGCCGCCAUCACGCAGAAGAUAAAGACAUACAAUGCCUGAAAGACAGCACUCCAAAAGAAACACUGAUGUUUAUUCAAAGUGGCAGAAUGUAAUCAUUCCUAUAGGACAUAGAUGUGUAAAAUUUAAGCUGUGUUUAUAUACAUGUAGAUGUGCUAACUUUUAUAAAAUUACAUUGCAUUUUAUUUUUUGUGAAGAACUCAAAAUAAUGAGCUGUACAUUCUCGUGUGUUUGCUUUGAAUGAAGCCAGGGAUACACUACAUAAUUUAACUUGGAAUAUAUUGCAGGGAAAAGCAUCUUUAUUAUAUAUACUUCUUCAUACCUCUUAAAUACACCGCCUCAGAUUGAUGUAGAUUACCCUAGUGCCUUUAUGUAGACUACUUUUUAUGAACCUUGCCAUUGUUGUUAAUAAUUUGGCAAUCAUGUUUUACAGUGUACCUUAUAUUUGAUCUUUUAUUUAUUUCUUAUAAAACAUUAAUUGCUUGACACUUUUAAUCAUGUUCAAAGUUGAUUAAACUACACCAGCCAACCUCAUUUGUCUUCUAGUGUUCAUGCGGCUCAAGUGGUACAGCAUUGCAUUAGCAGCGCAAGGUUGUGGGUUUGAUUCCCAGGGAACACAUGUUGGGUAAAAAAUGUUAGCCUGAAUGCACUGUAAAUCGCUUUGGAUAAAAGUGUCUGCUAAAUGCAUAAAUUUAAUUCUGAUGCCUUUCUGUUGUCAUAAUUCCUUUAAAAUUGACUUAAUCAUCCAUCGUAAUGACAAUAAAAGUGGAAUUCAUGGUG